AUGGUCCUCCAGGUACAGGGUCAUGGUAAACCUCGGGGACCGAUAAUCCAACAGAUACAGGGUCAUGGUAAACCUCGGGAACCGAUGGGCCUCCAGUUACAGGGUCAUGGUAAACCUCGGGGACCUAAGGGCCUCCAGGUACAGAGUCAUGGUAAACCUCGGGGACCGAUAAUCCAACAGAUACAGGGUCAUGGUAAACCUCGGGAACCGAUGGGCCUCCAGUUACAGGGUCAUGGUAAACCUCGGAAACCUAUAAUGCUCCAGGUACAGGGUCAUGCUACAAACAUGAGAAUUUUACUUCUUAUCGUGUGGAUGAUCUCAGAUGGUCUUGCCCAGUCCCUCGUUAUGGAAAAUGUGGGUUACCUGAAUUUACCUGACUGUUCCAUUGCAAACAUUAACAUGUUUUCCGAUUCUGCAAUGAAAGCAACAUGGCAUGAACCAACUAGGUUAUUAUAUAUAGCAGGUGACCAAUGCAUUCAUGUAGUCGCCGCCGAUAACCCAACAACCCCACGUCGCAUUCAAACGGAAUACUUCAUUGAUGGCACUGACGGGAGAUUGGUCGACAUCGAAGUAUGUGGAAACACAUUGGCGGUUCUUGUAGAAAAUACUUUUUCACUAGUAGAAGGUCACGUUUACUUGUGUGAUCUUUACGACGUUUCAACAAACUCCAUCAAAUGCGACAAAAAAAGAAUUACAGUUGGCCACUCACCCAAGAGUUUAAAAUAUUCCAAUGACUGUGGUAAGCUGCUGGUUGCAAAUGAGGGACGUCCUGGAUUGGUGAAUGGGGUCUUUACAGAUCCCGAGGGAUCGGUUUCAAUCAUCGACAUGACUUUUGCUGAUACAAGUGCUCCGUGUUCUAGAGAGCUCACAUUCAGCUACUUCAAUUCUAAAGUCCUCGAAUACCUAGGGAAAGGUUUGCGUUGGUCUUACCGUGGGGAUCACAACAACGGUAUAAUCACGCAGCUGUCACAGGACAUCGAGCCCGAAGCUAUCACCGUCAGUGACGACAACACCAUGGCUUAUGUCACAUUGCCAGAAAACAAUGCUAUCGCUGUGAUUAACCUUGUCAGUGAAUCUUUCGUGGAUAUCUAUCCAAUGGGAUCAAAGACUUGGAAUACACUGAAAAUUGAUGCCAGUGAUUACGACAACGGUAGCUUUGCCACUGACUACGCCGUGAAAGGUCUGUACCAGCCGACCGCCGCUGUCUAUGUUAAAGGAGCAACAGCAUCUUACGUAGUUACCGCUAACACAGGCGCCAUGAAGACCUACAGCAUGGACGACGUCGGUGUUGACUUCGCGGAUAAUACGAGAGGAAGGACAGCGUUGUUUGGGCGAGCUCAUAUCAGUAUCGUUGAUGGGAGAGAUUCAUUUACGGAGCUCAUUACGGAUGUUCAUCUGUUCGGAGGGCGUGACAUUGGAGUAUGGGACCCCACUAAUCCUGGAUCAUUUAGUUAUACUACACGCGAUGAACUUGAGGAAAAGGCGGCAGAAAGCUUCCCUGCGGUGUUCAACGGUGAUUGUUCAAAUGAAACUCUGUCAGCUUCUGCAGAGGCUGACUCGCGCUCCGACGAUCUGGGUCCUGAACCCAACGUUUUGGCGGCAGGCACAUAUGGCUCAGUCCCGAUGAUAACGGCAGCAACACGGAAUGGUAUCAUAUACCUUUAUACCAUGCCUAUCUCCACGCUUGUCUUGAAUAGUGUUUACCGACUGGGCGACGUAACCGGCGUGCGAGAACAACUUCAGGGUUCGUCUGCUGCCGGGGACGGGCUCAUUUCUGAUAUGGGGAUCAUUCCUCAGAACGUCCUUGGCGCCGACCCCUACCUGUAUGUCAUCGCCCGAGGCACAGGAACAGUCAGUAUCAACAGGAUCUAUGUGCCGUAA